UGGGGAGUUUCAAGUCAUCUUCCGGAUAACAUUUGGGGCAUCCAUGCCAGCAGCAGCCGUUGACUUCAAUUGCCAACUUCUUUUCCUCGACCCAUCCAUCCAAUCUAUAGUUGCCCAUCCUUUUUUCACCAUUCUUCGAGUGGGCAGUCCUCACUUCAACGUUGUUCUUCUCGCCAUACCAUUUGAGGAACUUGAGGGCCAUCUUACUUUGGUUGUCCGCAUUGUCGUAUCCUUUUUCCGGAACAAUCCCAACAUGGUUUGCCUUGAGAUGAUUCAUUCUGAAGUGCUUCAUGCAGGCAGAAGCAAUUGUCAUAGCUUCCCGAAGAACAUCCAGGCCGUUGGAGACCUCCAAAAAUUCGUUACGGAAGGCAAUGAGCGCAGCCAUCAGGAUCUCCACAUCGUUGGUACAAUACGCUGCUAG